GUACAGCUUUGUGGAAUUCCAGGUUUUAUUUUGACUAUAGCUUUCUCAUCUCCUAUUUUUAUCAUUUCUUGAUUUUUGCGUCUUCCUCCUUACUUAAGUGCUUCUUAAGUGCUAUCAUGAUUUUAUUUAUUUAUACUUUUGCAUACAUUUUACAAACAUGAAAAACAAUGUACAAAGUCGGACUUAACGCCUUAGGCGUUCUUUACCAGUCAAACUUUAGGUAGAGGAGGAAUUUUAUGUAGAGAUAGUUAAAUUUAUCAAAGGCCUUUUCCAAAUCUAUAAUUGCGAAGUAAGUGCAGUCUUAUAUGCCUUCUUUAGUAUUCUUAACCCUAAAAAGGCUUCCAUUAUACCUACCUUUAUUUUUUCUGAAAAAGUACGGAUCUGGUACAAGUAAGUUAGAUAAGACAAGACUGAUAGGCAUAAUUUCUAACCCUUAACACUUAUUGUUUAUACAUACUAAGCUAACAGUUACACGGCAUAGCGCCAGCCGGACUGACGAGCGCACCCUGCUCGUGAGGCUGGUAAUACGCAGCCCCCACCCUUGCAUAGCAGGCAACCACUGACAUGAUUCUAUAAACCUAAAACUUAUUUUUAUGCAAUCGUAUUGGAAAAUGAAAAGUAAGUAACUUAAUAGGUGUAUAAUUAAAUGCAUGAUGACAUUAAUGUAUUCUUCGACGAAUAAGUCAUUAGCGUGGCAGGGCGGCGCACGCGAGGGGCGUGCCGCUCCAACCGUGUCAUUAAUCUGUUGAUGUGAUCGACGUGUAAUUACAGUCCCUGUACAUAAAUGUAUAAUUAACUCAUUACUGAAACAGAACGCUGUCAGAUUUGUGAUAUAGAUUUCAGUGCCACAGCUACAUGGAUUCCAAAAUGUUAGAAAAUAAAAUGUUCAAAUAUAUGUUUAUAUGUAAUGCUCAAAUACCUAUAUUAUUUCUAAAAUAGAUACAUUAUUGAAGCUGGUCGGUAAAUGUGGAUGAAUUUCAAGUGUACAAAAAAGAUUGUAAUUUGUAUGACGACUAACAGAGUGGAAAAUAAUGGCCAAAACAAUUACAUAUUGUGUGAACGGAAACAAAAUUAUUAAUUGGUCUAGGAUCAGAUUUAAGGUGGUUGACAAGUGUUGUCAAGUAAAGAGUAUCCACAUGACACGCUCCUUCCAUCUCCUUUUCUAGAGAUUAAUGUAAUGAGUUGUUGUUUACAUACAUGAAGUAUGUACUUUUAUAUACUUUCCUUACUCCAGUCAACAAGCUAGCCUUCAAGCUAGCCAUGUUUAUGUAUUAAUUUAUUUAUUUACAUCGAGUAACUACACCACGCAUUCCAUAAAACUGAUACAAAUUAUGAAGCCAUUACGAAUAUUGUUUGGUCAGUGUAGAGUAGAGCGCUGCCCGCAGUGCGGUACAGUGGGGUGUGUGUGACAGGUCGCUGUCGUCGGCGAGCCUCGCCACGCACCUGCGGCUGCUGCGCUGGUGCGGCUACUGCCGGCUGGCGGGCGGCGCGCGUCUGUCCCGGCUGCAUGCGCUCUACCGAGCUCUAACGCUCGCACUCACCACGGUCUACCUGCUACAGGAGUGCGUUUACGCCUACCAGGUACAGCAAGAUAUGGACAAGUUAGCCCGAGUGAUGUUCUUGCUGCUGUGCCACAUCACGUCUAUUGCGAAGCAACUCGUGUUUCACCUAAAAGCGGAGCGCAUCGACGAGAUGUUGGCCGGGCUGGAGGAUCCGCUGUACAACCAGCCGGAGGAGGCGCACCGCCGGCUGCUGGGCGCCACGGCGGCCAGCGCCUCGCGCUUCGUGCGCGCCUACUCGGGCUGCGCCGUGGUCACGUGCACGCUGUGGAUCACCUUCCCUGUCAUGUACCGCCUGCAGGGACUGCCCGUUGAAUUCCCUUUUUGGAUUACCGUUGACUAUAAUCGACCAACAAUGUUCAUCUUGGUACUUGCAUAUUCUUACUAUGUAACCACACUCGUGGGCAUAGCAAACACAACCAUGGACGCAUUUAUGGCUACUGUUCUGAAUCAAUGCAAAACACAACUCAGACUAUUACGGAUGAACUUCGAGUGCCUGCCGGAGCGCGCGGCGGCGCUGAGCCGGCAGCUGGGCGGCUCGUACGACGCGGCGCUGUUCGCGCUGUUCCGCGAGUGUCUCGUGCACUACGAGAAGAUCACUGAGACCGCCAAAAUGUUACAGAACAUUUUCGGCACAGCUAUUCUUAUUCAAUUUGGGAUUGGUGGAUGGAUCCUGUGCAUGGCCGCCUACAAGAUUGUAAGCCUGAACAUGCUGAGCGUGGAGUUUGCGUCGAUGGCGCUGUUCAUCAGCUGCAUCCUGACGGAGCUGUUCCUCUACUGCUACUACGGAAAUGAAGUCACUGACGAGAGCGAGCGCGUGUCUCAGUCGCUGUACAGCAUGGAGUGGCGACGCGCGCGGCUGACGUUCCGGCGCUCGCUGGUGCUGGUGAUGGAGCGCGCCAAGCGGCCGCUGCGCCCCGCCGCCGGCCGCGUCAUCCCGCUCUCGCUCGACACCUUCGUCAAGGUGCGUCUCUCUUCCACGUGUGCAGUCGCUGUACAGCAUGGAGUGGCGACGCGCGCGGCUGACGUUCCGGCGCUCGCUGGUGCUGGUGAUGGAGCGCGCCAAGCGGCCGCUGCGCCCGCCGCCGGCCGCGUCAUCCCGCUCUCGCUCGACACCUUCGUCAAGGUGCGUCUCUCUUCCACGUGUGCAGUCGCUGUACAGCAUGGAGUGGCGACGCGCGCGGCUGACGUUCCGGCGCUCGCUGGUGCUGGUGAUGGAGCGCGCCAAGCGGCCGCUGCGCCCCGCCGCCGGCCGCGUCAUCCCGCUCUCGCUCGACACCUUCGUCAAGAUAAUAAAGUCUUCAUACACUUUUUAUGCGGUUCUUCGGCAGACAAAGUAGAGCGACGAUACAGCGCACUCCCUACUGCUUUUAUAAUAUUUGUUGCAAUUUAUAAUAUUGUAGUUUCAAUUGAUUGCUAAAACAUUUACCUAGAUGCAUCUAUUAUGGUUUUGAGUUUUAUUUUGAUUGCAUUGUUAGUACGUUCUACGGCGAAUACUAUAUAUGUAUAUAAAUAAUUCUGGAAAAUGCUGCAAUAAAAUUUUUCGUUUCA